AUGCACGGCCUCGCCACUGCCGCCCUGGUGUCGUCCAGCAGCUCAUCCUGCCUGGCAGAUAAGGAGGAGGAGGAUGAGCACUCCUCUGUGGCCCCCGACUCGGUCCUGGCACGCUUCAACGCCCUGGUCUUGGACAGUGCCUACCGACCCAUCCGCAUCGUGAACUGGCGGCGGGCUGUGUGCCUCGAGUACCUGCGCAAGUGCGACGUGCUGGAGUACUACGACGCCCGCGUCCGCUCCGUGUCCACCGAGUUCUACCUGCCCGCGGUCCUGCGCGCGCGGACCUACCUCCACCGCCCCAACCGCAUGGUGCGCAUGACGCUCAACCGCCGCUCCAUCAUGUUGCGGGACAAGCACACCUGCCAGUACUGCGGCAGCCGCGAGAACCUGACCCUGGAUCACAUUGUGCCCGCAUCCAAGGGCGGCGGCUUCACCUGGGACAACAUCGUCACCUGCUGCAGUCGCUGCAACGCCAAGAAGGGUGCACGGACACUGAAGGAGCUCAAGUGGUCGCUGCAGGGUGGCCUGCCCAAGGAGCCACGAGCGCACGAGCUGAACAUCCUGCUGAGUCCCGGGCCGAGGGACACGACCGCCAGGAAGAUCCCGGCAGAGUGGGAGGCCUACAUGUUCCACCUCAUGCAGCGCAGCGGCAGCGAAGCCAGCACCCCCUGA